AUGAACAAGUUGGUUAUUGAUCCAAAACUUAGAGCUUUAAUGGAUCCAGACUUUGCGUACGAUUCGGAUGAGAAUCGGAAGGCAGAACAGGUUGAGGUAGUCCAGGAUCACGACUUGCUUCAUGACUUCGAUAUCAAUCGCAGGUACAAUAACUCUGGUGCGUCUUCUCCAUUAAAUGAUGCCCAUGGUCACGUGAGUGCAGUAUCUGUUACCUUAGACAGUCAUAGCAUUCAAGAGGACAUUAGGGCGGCAGCAGAAAGCAAGGAACAGGUUCGCGUACUUGUACAACCGGAUGCAGAUGAGAGGUACUUGUAUGAAAAUGAGAAAUUCCACUACACCAGUCAGUUUCAAGCAAGAACCCAUGCGGAUAGGUUUGAUUUCUACCAAGGGCCCAAAGAGCAUUUCAGAGGAGCGGUCGACAAGAGUUUAGAUGAGAAAAGGGAUCAGGAAUAUGGCGGUGACGGUUUUGGCAGGCAUGUGGCGGAGGAGGAGCAUGACAGGUCCAACAACUUAGACAGCAAUCAAGUACAUAGCCAUGGGGCGCGUAACAUGCAUACCUACGGGCAUGCGUCUGAGUCGGGCAAUUUGAACCAGCAUUCGAACGAUAAAUGGUUCCUAGAAAACCAAUAUAACGACGAGCAAGACCGUCAAGGGGAAGGCCGUAAAGAAGAAAAGUAUGAAAAUGGUGGGGACGAAGAAAACUGUGGUAGUGACGAAUAUGAGACCACUAGUGACAUCUCCGAAGAGUAUGAAACACAACUACAAGAUCUAUUUCUUAAGAUUAAUAAAUUUAAGCAGGACUUUCAUCAGCUGAUUAAAAAACUAGACGAAGCAUCUCUGGAGUCUGCAAAAGCCAGAUAUCAUUACCUAAAUGAUAUAAGCGCCAGGGAAAAUAUGUUCAUGUCAACGACUACAAAUAUGCUUCUUGACACAGUAGCAAAACUUUUGCCUCGCAAACGUCUGCCCAAUGGUAACCACUCCAAUGAAUGGGCUUCUGAAACAAAUCUGAAAACUAUUAUGAAUGACGAAUCAAAAGCCUCUGAGUCUACCAAAAAUGGAAAUUCGUCGCGCAAUGCAGAUUCUCUGAACACUUUGUAUAAUGCAACUCUUGAAAGCGAUCCUUGCUCAAAGUUGCCAAACUUUGGUGUAAUACUAAUCAAGUCACCAACGAAUGUAGAACAAUUGUGGAAUGAAUACACAAAACUACCGUCGGAUUCAAACAUGAAAGCUUUGCUUAAACUAAUGCUUCAGCAGCAAAGCAAAGAUACUAUCAAGAAAUCGGAUAUUGCAUUAAUGAAACAGAGAAAAACCACGAUUCAAGAACUAGAAAAGAAGUACGGGUCUUCCUGGAGAAAUAAUGACAAGAACUUCUCUAGACAAAUCAACCGUAGAAAGAAAAUAUGGGGUUGUAUUGAACAAGGUCUAAAAGAUGGGCUAUCUUUGAAGACUUGUUUCCAUAUUCUCGACAAGUACGUAGAAGAAAGAGGUAAAGGUCUAUCCUGGUAUUACAAUGGUGUUCCAUUCAAACUGGCUGAUGUGGCACCAUCAUAUGUUACCGAUGGACAAUUUUAA